AUGGAGGAGAGCCAGAUCCUGGUUGAAACCCUGAAGCUGCUGAGCCUGGAGGACUUUGCCCGGUUCAGGACUCUGGCUGAAGCAGAGCCGAGCUUGGUGACUGCCUCUCCAGGGCCGGUCCGAGCCUUGAGUGGUACCAAUGCCAAUGUAACCAGUCCAGGUCCAGGCUGCACUGGUACAGCCUGGACCUGGACAGGACCUGCACCUGGACCUGGACCUGGACCUGAACCUGGACCUGGACCUGAACCUGGACCUGGACCUGCACUGGACCUGGACCUGGACCUGGACCUGGACCUGCACUGGACCUGCACCUGGACCUGGACCUGGACCUGGACUUGGACCUGCACCUGGACCUGGACCUGGACCUGGACCUGGACCUGGACCUGCACCUGGACCUGCACCUGGACCUGGACCUGGACCUGGACCUGGACCUGCACUGGACCUGCACCUGGACCUGGACCUGGACCUGGACCUGGACCUGGACCUGCACCUGGACCUGGACCUGCACCUGGACCUGCACUGGACCUGCACCUGGUCCUGGACCUGGACCUGGACCUGGACCUGGACCUGGACCUGGACCUGGACCUGGACCUGCACCUGGACCUGGACCUGCACCUGCACCUGCACCUGGACCUGGACCUGGACCAGGACCUGGACCAGUGCAGCCUGGACCAGAACCAGUCCAGCUCCAGGCUGCACUGGUACAGCCUGGACUUGGACCUGGACCUGCACCUGCACCUGCACCUGCACCUGCACCUGCACCUGCACCUGGACCUGGACCUGGACCUGGACCUGGACCUGGACCUGCACCUGCACCUGCACCUGGACCUGGACCUGGACCUGGACCUGGACCUGCACCUGCACCUGCACCUGGACCUGGACCUGCACCUGCACCUGCACCUGCACCUGCACCUGCACCUGCACCUGGACCUGGACCAGGACCUGGACCAGUGCAGUCUGGACCAGAACCAGUCCAGCUCCAGGCUGCACUGGUACAGCCUGGACCUGGACCUGGACCUGGACCUGGACCUGGACCUGGACCUGGACCUGGACCUGGACCAGUGCAGCUUCAAUGCUUUCUGCAUGUUUGUUGGCCAGAACUCAACAUUUCAGUCUCUUAGUGUUAGGGGCUCCCCCUGCUGGUCGCAUCUGGUUCUUGCAUCUUCAGAAUUAAAUUAGACAUUCAUAUUUUUAAACCCAAAUUACUGACAAACACUUUGUAAAUUUAAAUAACAUUGUUGAAGUCUGUAAUCCAUACAACGUGCUGAUAUGUCUGGAGUCAUAUUAAAUAUUUCUCUGGCUUAUAAUGAACUCAUUCUCAUCCAUCUGACUCACUUAGAAGAUUCACAACUUUUAGCUGUUUGAGAAACAUGGAAAUUAAGAUUAUUCUGUUUUAAUCUGUAUCUGGUAAUCUGCUUGUCUAAGAUAAUCUUAGGUGUUAUCCUGAUUUUUAUGAUAAAUAAAUGAUCAACUUGUGUUGUUGAUUGUGUUUGCUUGGAGGAAAUGGACCAAAGGGAAAAAUCUUACGGAUACAAAGUCAUCCGAAAGCCAGAUCCAGACGUGCCUCUGAAAAUGUCUGAUGCCUUCGUCCUCACAGCCGGUCUGGAAACGGCUGAAGUUUGUCCUGAGAUGAAUACCAAAAAACUGAGGACGGAGAAAGUAAGAGACGAGAUUCUUCAUUUCUGCAGAUAAUUUUGGGUUUUAGAUUCAUUUCUAAGUGUUAAGAAUGAAUCAACAUUCUGGAGAUUCAACAAAGGACAGAAAGAAAUGAAUCAAACAUUUCUUCUCGUUUCAGCUGCAGGUGGAGCAUCUGGUGUCACUUUUUCACACAAUGGUGACUUUUAUACGGCUCAUUAAAGGAAAAUAAGUGAUUAUUUUGUUAAUAGUUCAGGUUCUGUUUGUUUUGUCCUCAGUGAAUCAUCACAUGGAUGCUCAUCCGUCUCUUCUCAUGCAAAAAGCGGCUUCCCUGCGCUCAGACAGAGAGAAGAUUCUGGAAGUGAUCAGAGAUCUGAAGCAGCAGGAACUGAAAAGGUUCCGGUUUUUCCUGAAGGACGUUGAGUCGUCGGCCUGCAGAGCAGACGGAGGAGCCGCUCCGCCGAGGAUCGCAGCCGCUCAGCUGGAGAACGCAGAACCCGAAGACCUGGUGGAUCUGAUGCUGCAGACCUUCUGCCUGCAGGCCGUGGAGAAAACCAAGGAGAUUCUCAGGAAAAUACCAGGAAUGACCUGCUGGGGGCGCUGUCUGGAAGCGGCUCAUGAUCCAAACAGGAACCACUUCCAAACAAAUUCAGGACGAACUUCAGAAACAUUUCACACAAAUAACUCCAUUCAUAUUUUUUAUUCCCAUUUUUUUCAGUGCAAAUUAUCAAAUAAACUUCUGAUGCAUUUUUA